GGGGAAAAACACGUUUUGUUUUUUUAGCACGGUUUCAUGCAGAAGUCUGCUCCUCUUGCUUGGUUAUGCUGUAGAAGGUGGGCCGUAGGGAGUGAUAUGGGAUGGAAAGAAUGGGCAUUUUCAUGCGUAUCUGGAUCGGAAGCUUUAACACACAUGGAUAUAACUCUCUGGAAAGGCCUACAAACCUCCAUUAAUCCUGGCAUGUUCCGGAUGAGAGACAGCAGUAAUGACUACCAUCACUUUCACCGUUUCCGUGCUUUGCCUGCUGCCUCAGUCAGCGUUGGCACGGUGGGCGUGCGUUCGAGCCUGCCCAGCUUCCUGCACCUGCACCCAGGAGAAGAGCUGCAGCGUGCUGUGUGACCGCUCCGGCCUGGCCGAGCUGCCCAAAGAGUUUCCCUGUGAGGCCUCUGCCAUCACCCUGGAGAAGAACCGGCUCAAGUUCCUGUCAGAACGGGCCUUCGGUACCCUGCCCUCGCUGAAGUCUCUAUCUCUGGACCACAACAAUAUCUCUUUCAUUACCCCAGGAGCUUUCAAGGGGCUCUCGAACUUGUUGGAACUGAAAAUGGCUCACAACGAGUACAUCAGCUACCUUCACACACGGACGUUCACGGGGCUGAAAAAGCUGCUGCGGCUGGAUCUGUCGGACUGUAAUCUCUUCAGCAUCCCCGACCGCAUCUUCAUAGAGCAGACUGCACUGAAGGAGCUGCUGUGUUUCCAAAACAACUUCAGGAGGAUCCCAGGGGCCAUCAGGGGCAUGGAGAACGUGACGCACAUCUAUCUGGAGAGGAACAAGAUUGAGGCGGUGGCCUACAAUUCCCUGCUUGGCCUGGGGAGUCUCAGGUACCUGAAUCUCCAGGAGAACCGCCUCAACGUGAUCCAUGACAAUGCCUUUCAGGACCUUGUGUGGCUGGAGAACUUCUACCUCAACGACAAUCUGCUCUCUGAUCUGCCUUGGCUUGCCUUCAAGGGGCUCAGCCGCCUGAAGAUGCUCAACCUCGGGGGUAACCAGCUGACCAACAUAUCUAAGACAUGGUUCAGUGACCUGGUUGAGCUGGAGGUCCUGUACCUGGACAGGAACCAGCUACUGAACAUUGAGGAGGGUGCCUUCGAGAACCUGACCAGCCUGAUCACACUCCACCUAAACAGCAACAACCUGACCACGCUGCCCUUCAGUGUUUUCCAGCCCAUCUACUUCCUGGGCCACCUCUACCUUUUCAAAAACCCCUGGGAGUGCGAUUGCUCCCUUGACUGGCUCAAGCAGUGGAUGGAGAACUACAAGUUAGUGAGGGACAUCCCCUGCGCUUCGCCCUCCUCUGUGGCGGGUCUGGACCUUGGCCAGGUGGUCUUACGCACUGUUAAUGGCACGUGCAUUGACCCCACCGAGCUCAACCUGACUACAGUCUCCACGGAGAUCGUGCCCACCACGGAGAACCGCUUUAACAGCCUGAUCUCCAAGCUGCUCCAGCAGGAGCUCAGGGAGGAGAUGGGGAACAGGACCGAGAGCCUGCGAAACGGGACCUUGCUGGAUUCGGAGGAGAGCCAGCUGUCAGCGGGGGUUGGAGGGCCACGGACUCAGGCCAUCCAGUCACUGCUCUGCUUCACUGUGACGUGGUUCUUCUUUGGUUUAUUUCACCUGUCAGAUACUAAUUUCUGUCUGUACUGCACAUGAGCGCCGAAAAGGACUCCAAAACGGAGUGGUUUUUAUUUUGCUUCUGAGAUAAAAUGUGGUUUCUUUUAUCCAAGGAGGUCUGAAGGCUUGUUCUCUAUUGUAGGAAUUCCUGCUGCCAAACGUUGGCUUCAGGACGUUCUUUCUGCUGAGGUGUUAGUGUAGUAAUAGCAAGCACUGUUGCUAUGCAAAGUUAUUUGUAACCGAAAUUCCAGUGUACAAACAAUCCUGACUUGAUGUCUAAUAAGAGGUUUUGAAAAAGUAUUCAGCUCCUUCCAGAUUUCUUCUUUCUUCUUUUGUGUCUCAUGUAAAUGCUUGAGAUCAAUAAACUCAACAUGAAAAGUAAUUACCCCCUAAACGUAACGACUUGUUGGACCACCCUUGUGGGCAAUAACUGCCAUCAAGCGUUUCCUAUUCUGUAAGUGGCAAAAUAGUUGUAAUUCACCCACAAUGGAGAGUGUCUGACCAUGGAUAGCUUUUUUAAGGUCCUGUCACAGCAUCUCAAUAGAAUUUAGAUUUAGACACUGCCUAGGCGUCUCCAAAGCCAUUCAGAGAUGGCGGUGCUAGUGUGUUUGUGUAAUUUCCCUGUUACGCAACCCACGUGCGCUUAAGCUAAAGGUCACUAAUUGAUGGCUGAACAUUCUUCUUUAGGAUUUUCAGCUAGAGGGCAGAAUUCAUGGUUCCAUCAAUCACUGCAAGUUAUCCAAGUCUGAAGCAGCCCCAGAUCAUCACACCACCACCACCAUGUUUGACUGUUGAUGUUCUUUUUCAGAAAUGCUGGGUUAGUUUUAUGCCGUAUCCAUCAGGACACACCACAGAAUAUUUUCCCAGAAGUCUUGGGGAUCAUCAACAUGUUUUUUUAGCAAACGGGUGAUGGGCCUUUAUGUUCUGAUUGGUCACCAGUGGUUUUGGCCUCAGAACUCUUAUAGAUAUCAAAACUUCCAGUCUCCUUCUUAUGGUUAAAUCCAUAAUGACAAGUAAGACUUUAGAUUUUGUUCUGGGUUCUAUUGUGACCUUUGAGAUGAGUAUUUGAUGGUUUGGUGGAGUAGUUUUCAUAGGUUGGCAACUCCUGGAAGGUUCACCACUGUUCCAUGUUGUCUCCAUAAUGGUUCUAACUGUGGUUAACUGGAGCCCAAAGCUUUAGACAUGGCUUUAUGACAGAAGUUAAUGACUUAGUUCAUCUGUUGUAGACUUUCAUCAGAUCGAAGGAUGAGGUUUUGCUUUUUGAGAUCUUGUAGCCUGCUUCGUGUUGUCAAACAAGUUCCUUCUUGGUGACUUCUCAUUUGUACAGGACUGAAAUUAAUUAGACUGGAUGUCCUUAGUGAAACUGAAUUUAGCUUUUCCAAAAAUGUGUUUAAUCACAUGUAGUUCAUGAUCUAAGGAAGGCUGAUUUGUGUUUCCAAAAAGGCCUGGUUGGUCUGGAUCAGCUUUUUACCUUAAUGAAGUCAUCAUUUUAGAACUGCCCUUUUUAUUUUUGUCUGAUAUUAAAAUGUUUCCAAGGGAUUGAACAAUUUAAUUGGGACAAAAAAGCAAUCAGAAGAAAUAUAUGAGGUGACAAAUACUUUUUCACAGCACUGUAUGAACUUUUCCAUACCAAUUCUGUAUGGCUGCAGGAUUUAUUUCAUUCACGUGUCAGAGGGAUGAAAACAAAUCUACUUGUGGACAGCCAGUUUUCUCUUGCAUAAGGCUCAGUUUUAAUGUAAAUGAUGUAAUAGUUCUAGCAUCACAGUGUAUAAUGGGAGCUUUCUGUUUUCUGUAUCUUGAUUCACAUCUGUGUGUAACAUUAAAGGAGAUAGGAGCUCCUGUAGUUAUCUCCUGAACAGAUGUCCUCUUUGCCCACUUCUCUUCAUUCUGCUCCAAACGCAGGCUCUGCAGCCUUUCCAUAAAUGCAAUAAUCUUCUUACUGCAUGCAGCUGAGUGGUGUUGUUACUUGUGGAUACUACAAUGGGAUGGAGAGACUGUUUCACUGCUCCUGCCUCCUAUGGAUGGACUAUUUCCAAGUCUGCUGGGCUUGUGGAGUGAGUCGGAAAGACUACAAGUAUAAAUCCUUUCCAGCAUAAUGCAGUGUUCAUAUUGUACACAGUGUUGUGUGCUGUGUAGUUUCCAAAGCUUAAGGAUGUCCUCCUUUAAUAUCUGCCACUGCUUUUCUUUUUAACUUGAUGAAUCAGUAGUUUGGGUUCCAGUUCAGCUCUCUUUUAGGAGCAAAGCUCUGUGACAUGGUAUAUUUUUUAUAAAUAAAAAAACAUUGCUGCUGAAUUCACCACAUGAUUAUUCACUGAUUCCCUUUCAGCCUCGCUUGAGGAACUGACCCGUUUUAGAGGUGAACUCCAGUUAAUCUGCGUGCCAGCCUGUUGGCCUGUUAAAGUAGGAUUAGGCUGGG